AUGAAGUUCGAUCUUCCGCUGCUGAACUACGACACGCGGUUCUCGCUAUGGCAAGUCAAGAUGCGGGGGAUUCUGGCGCAGACUCAUGACUAUGAUGAGGUGCUGGAUAGUUUCGGAAAGAGGAAGGCCGAGUGGACUCCAGAAGAGAUCCGCAAGGAUCAGAAGGCGCUCGCCCUAAUUCAGUUGCAUCUUCAUAAUGAUAUUUUGCAGGAGUGUCUGAAAGAGAAAACUACUGCAGAACUAUGGCUGAAACUGGAAUCGAUCUAUGAAGAUAAAUUGUUCACCCUGAAGAUGAAGGAGGAGGAUUCAGUGAUGAGCCACAUCGCUGAAUUCAAGAAGAUCGUCGCCGACCUAGUGUCGAUGGAGGUGAAGUAUGAUGAUGAGGACUUAGGUCUUUUACUGCUAUGUUCUUUGCCAAAUUCGUAUGCAAAUUUUCGUGACACCAUACUUUUGAGCCAUGAUGAACUAACCCUAAAGGAAGUUUAUGAGGCUCUCCAGUCUAGGGAGAAGAUGAGAGGCAUGGUGCAGAAUGACGGGACGUCGUCCUCCAAGGGCGAUGCUUUGCAUGUGAGAGCGAAUCGAAAAAGAUCCUCCAAUGAUGGCAAUGAUGGAAGAAAGAACUACGAAAGGAGAGGCCGUUCAAAGUCCAAGCCGCAUGGUACUCUUCAUUAUGUUCAUGCUGAUUUAUGGGGCCCUUCCCGUAAGUCCUCACUUGGUGGUGCUCGUUACAUGCUUACAAUUAUUGAUGAUUGCACUAGAAGGGUUUGGCCUUAUUUUCUGAAACAGAAAUAUGCUACUUUUGCUGCUUUUAAGGACUGGAAAAUAAUGAUAGAAAGGCAAACUAAAAGGAAGCACAUUGAUAAGCAUGGUGACCAUGAUAAUGAUGUUGCUGAGGAUGAUGCUCAUGAUGAUGUUCAGCAAACUCCUCCUAUUUUGCAGUUAGAGGAGGAUUUACCUAUUGCUCAACGCAAGUCAAAAAGGAUAAUUGCACCUCAUAAGCGUCUUAUUGAAGAGUGUAAUUUGUAUUACUAUGCUUUGAGUUGUGCUGAACAGGUGGAGAAUGUUCAUGAGCCAACAACCUAUAAAGAAGCUAUCCGUUGUGGUGAUACUGAGAAUUGGAUUUCUGCUAUGCAUGAGGAGAUGCAGUCUCUUGAGAAGAACAACACAUGA